AUGGACCAAAGCUCCCUCCAACCUUCAUCUAAAACCUCUCAACAUCAAAAUUGCGCUUCGCCUUCAAAAGAAUCAAGUCAGAGUAACCAAAAGAACAAAAAGGCUACCAAUUCUCCUGGCUUCUCAUCUCGGGCAGGAUGCACCCCAUCUCCAAUCAAAAAUACCUCUAGCAACACGCCUUCAACUUCAAAUCGCAGAAGGAAAUCGCUCGUUCCAGCACGCCAAGUUUAUAUACCCAUAAAUGAUUCCACCGACCACUGGACAGAUAGUGAAGACGAGUAUGACCGCAACGGCCGACCACGCAAAGCAAGAGUUACCGUGAAAGGCUAUCAAGCUUAUCUCGAGAAGCGAAAGAACAAAGAACAACAGUAUGACAUUCCACGGCCAACCCGCAAAGUGGAGAAGCUGUUCGAGAAUUACCAAGGUCAGACUGGGCCACCUACGGACAAUUCGACGAAGGGAUUCUGGGUUCCGAAAAAGGAAGAACGAGGUCAAUUACUGGAUGGAGAAACAGGAGGAAAAAAUGCAACUGUGGAUCGGAGUUUGCUUGAAGGUGAACUUCUACUACCUGGCCAUCCAGAGUUUCCGGAAUACGGUGGUAUUGACGCAAGCAAUUGA